UUUCUUAUUUAUACUUGGAGUCCGGUAGAAGUCGUCAACUUCAGUCGUAGCCACUUUCAGAGUUCAGUUGAGGAGUUUGGAUCUGUGGUUGGAAGCCACUCCACUUUUCCACCACUGCUGCCCCUCUCCACCUUUUCUCCCCCAAGCCCGAGGCUGCACCUCCUCCUCCUCCUCCCGACAGGCGAAACCAGAUAUUCCAGUGCCUGGAUGACGGAGAAAAGUUUUUCCAGGCCUACCCGAUGGCUGGCUCAUUUCACCAUCCUGCCUGGAGCGAGAUGACAAACGGAGGCGGGCACCCCCACUUCAGCAAUGGAGGCCGGGGUGGGGGAUCCCAAAGCACUACGCGCUACAUGCUGAAGAAACAGCAGCGCCACAGACGCAGGUCCUCCUCUCCCAUGGGCAGGGUCAUUCUCAUCAAUGCACCUGUAGAUGGAGGAGACGACAGUGAAGAUAUUCACACAGUGACAGUCAAUAAGAGCUCAGAUGGGCGUCUUGGCUUUAGUGUCCGUGGGGGAUCCGAACAUGGACUUGGUAUAUUUGUCAGUAAGGUGGAGGAUGACAGCACAGCAGCACAGGCUGGGCUCACCGUGGGGGAUAAGCUGGUGGAGGUGAACGGAGUCAGCCUGGAGAGCAUCACCAUGAGCAGCGCUGUGAAGGUCCUGACAGGAAACAACAGGCUGAGGAUGGUGGUGAGGCGUGUAGGAAAGAUCCCCGGCAUCCGCUACUCCAAGGAGAAGACCACAUGGGUGGAUCUAAUUCACAGAAGGAUGGUGGUGGAGGAGAACGGUCGUACGCCGUCAGAGGCCAGCUCAGACAGCGCUCUCCGCCGGAUUGUACAUCUCUUCACUACAUCGGACGACUACUGUCUGGGUUUUAACAUCAGAGGCGGCAAAGAGUUUGGACUUGGCAUUUAUGUCUCAAAAAUGGACCCAGGUGGGCUUGCAGAACAGCACGGCAUCAAAAUGGGAGAUCAAAUCCUUGCAGCAAAUGGGGUGAGCUUUGAGGACAUCACCCACAGCAAUGCAGUGGAGGUCCUGAAGAGCCACACUCACGUCAUGUUAACCAUCAGGGAAGUUGGAAGAUAUCCCGCAUACAAGGAAAUGGUGGCAGAGUAUGGCUGGCUUGAUAAAUUAGCCAAUGGCGGCCCUGCACUGUCCUCUCAGGGUUCAGACUCCAACUCCUCUGUGUCCUCGCUGUCCUCCAGCACGCCUGUCAGCUCCCUCAGUGGUCUCUCUCAGGUCCUUUUCCCCCCGGUUUUUCGCUCAGAGAUGGUGGAUGUGGCCAUCUGCACAGAGGAUCGCUCCCGACGUCAAAGCAGCGCAGAGCGGACAGCAGACAGUGCCAUUCAGACUGACCCCCCAGCCGCAGACUUCAUGGACCAUUCUCCUCCUAACAGGCUGGACCCUGACCGGCUGGUCGACACGGAAACCAGUCGGACUGUAGGGGAAACUAUGCUGCUGAAGGACACAGUCAUACGCGGGAAAGGUGAGGGGCCGAGGGACAUGGGAGAGGUCAAAGAGUUGGGACGGGGCCGAGUGAGGACACCGUCCGCCGGGGAGAGGGACGCUGAAAAACAGUCGCCUAAAACAGAAGCACUGAUGGCCCUGAGCAAACCACGAAAGCCAAUCCGACGUUCCCAGAGCCACAUCACCGUGUCAGAGAAGAAGAAAAAAGGGCAACAGAAGCAGAAAGACUCAGCAGACGGUAAAACAAACCUGCAGCGUUCCAAAACCUUUGUCAACCUUUUCUUCAAGAAAGACCAUAAAGACAAGAGUCGCUCGAGGUCUCCGUCUUAUCAUCCUAAUGAAAAAGAGCGAAGUCGUCCAUUCCAGCUCUUUACUUCCCCGAGGGAAUCCCGCGCCGGCAGCCCACUGCCCCAUCAUGAGACGCUGCAGCAUGUGGAGGACAUGUCAAAGAAAUUGCUCAGUCCAGACGAGGUUGCUGCAGUGAUGAGACAUUGUCGGCGGUUUUUGUCUGACAAUGUGAUUGAGGAUUUGGUGCGCCCCCUGCUGGCAAUCUUGGAUCGGCCAGAGAAGCUGCUUUUGCUCAGAGAAAUAAGAAUGCUGAUACCCACGUCUGAGUUGGGUCGUUUUGACAGCCUGGUGAUGCCGUUUGAGCUGGAAGCGUAUGACAUCCUCAAGAGUCGCUCUAUACGCUCACCGGCUCUUCGGUCACCUCGCAGUGGAACUCCUCGGCGUCACCUCAUCACCCCAAUCCCAGACUACAGAGGUGGAUUUCACCUCCAGCCAGUUCAUGACACACACCAGGAGCGCCAGCUGAUCGAAGACUUCGAGAGACUUCGUCUGACCAGCCAACAAACUGGUCACCUGCCACCUUCCCGUGCCUUCAUCCCUCUGCUGGAUGUGCCCGUCGAUAACUAUGCGUCUUCCAUUGCGCGCUCACGUACCCCAAGCCCCAGCCACAGUUUCCUCCUCUCUGGGUCUCCUCACAACACCCAGCCUGGACGUCAACCUCACCGCUCCCCGAACAGGAGUGAGAAUGGGACACCAAGGUAUGACCAGGUGUCCUUGCUGUCUGUGUCAGACCGUGGAGACGCAGCUCCUGAGCGUGGGAGAUCACCUGUGAGGAGCAGCCAUGGCAGAGGGAGGAGAGAGGGGAGUCCUGACAGCAUCUACAGCAGACAGAGCAGGCAGGACGGCUACACUGAGAGAGAGAGAAGCCCCUCCUCACGCCGAGGGAGUGGCCUGCAGGUAAACGGACACUUUCAAAAUGGUCAAGAAAGAAGAGGAACUCUACCAGCUGAGCAGUAUGAAAUCAUGACACUCACCAUCUCCAAGGCCAAGCAAUCGCUAGGUAUUAGCAUCUCUGGGGGUAUCGAGUCUAAGAUCCAGCCUGUAAUAAAGAUUGAGAAAAUAUUUCCAGGAGGAGCUGCCUCUACAAAUGAGGCUCUGAAGGCAGGGUAUGAGCUGUUGUCCGUCGACGGCGAGAGUCUGCAGGGAGUAACUCAUCAGCACGCUGUGGACGUCAUCCGCCGUGCCUUCAGCAACAAGGCCAAAGACCCGAUGGUUUUCGUGGUCAAGGUCCCGAAGGUUCCCCUCGUCCCCCCGGAGCUAUGAGACCUGCUGAGUAGACGCUGUGCACCUCGCCAGCAGACUGCUGCCGAAGCAUAAAAGACAGUGAAACCUGCAACUCCUGAUGGAAACAAAGUGAAUCAAGCAGAUUGUAGUAAAGUUUGUUAGAAACCCUUUUUUGCCACAUCAACAUGUGAGAUGAAGUCCAACAUGUUACUUUUAUAACAUUUUACUAAAUGCAUUCGCUAUAGAUGUUUUUUUUUAUAAAGUAUGGUUUAUGACAAAAUUAUUUGAUUCAUGCUUUAGCUCUUGGUUGACUGUGCCACUGUUCCAACAGGCCUAUCCGUGACCUCAGCACUGUCUGACAGUGGACUGCACUUUACUCUCCUCAACCCAGCAGCCCUCGCAAAAACCGCCAGACAGAGAUUAUCCCUGCUUGUGUUAUGAGACUUAUAGAUUCAUAUCCAGAUUAAAGUCCUGUGUUAUGUCAAAACCGAGAGUUUGAUUUUAGUGAAAGUCUGGGAUAAUUAAAAUGUUCUGCCCCGUAUUUUUAUGCAUAUUUUUUUGGCAAAUUUUUUGUGCUCUGAAGCAAUUCGCCACUUUAGAGGCUUAAUUACAACUUGCUUUGGUCAAAGCUUAUGCAGGCAUGAAAAGAAGAAGGAAAUCACAUCACAGGGGAAAGCAGGACUUGAACGCUGGUGGUAUGGUUUAAAUCAGAGCAAGGGAGCUCAGAUAAGAGCAGGAGGAUGUGCUGUGCAUAGUGCCUUAUUUCUGUGGGAGGAUAACACUGAUAAAGUAUUACUCAUAAGUGGUUCUGAGGUGAAGGCUUCAUGACCGCAGAUGUGGUAGAAAUGUAAGGAUGGAACUCGUGUCUCAAUGUUUUUUGAGUUGCUACAAAAUACAGAAGUAGUCUUUAAAACUUUGACUUCAAACCAUAGAUUUUUAAAUUUUCUUUACAGAAAUAAACCACAAGAGGUACUGUAAGAUAUGUGAAGUUUGAACUACUAACACUGAUACCUAUUAAGACUAAACAAGAAGUCUGUAAUAUUAGAUCAUAUUUCUCAACAACAUAUAGUUUUUUGUGCUGACACAAAAUAAUAAUUUAAGUGGGUUGGAAAAACCUCAAGCACAACUAUACGGCAGACUUUAAAGGAAAAAUAACAUAU